UUUUCACCGUUCAAAAUCUCUAAAAUCAAUUUAAAGUUCAUCUGGAUACAUCAUUAGGUUAUUCUAUAGAUAGAGAUCUCAAAUUUUAUUAUUUUGCAAGAACUUUAAUUGAAAAAAAUUAACUCGCAAAAAUGACUAUGGCAAUGUUGCAACGUCGUGCUAAUGUACGGUUGCCACCCGAAGUAAACAGAGUGUUGUAUAUCAGAAACCUACCAUAUAAGAUUACAGCUGAAGAAAUGUACGAUAUAUUUGGAAAAUAUGGAGCUAUCAGACAAAUUAGGGUAGGUAACACAGCAGAGACGAGAGGCACAGCAUUUGUUGUAUACGAAGAUAUAUUUGAUGCAAAGAACGCAUGUGAUCACUUAAGUGGUUUCAACGUCUGUAAUCGUUAUUUAGUGGUACUGUAUUAUCAGAGUAACAAAGCAUUUAAGCGAAUUGAUGUUGAUAAAAAGAUGGAAGAUUUAGAUAAAUUAAAAACAAAGUAUAAUCUAAAUGAUGAGAAAAAGUAAUUGAUCAAAUAUUUGUACAAGAUAAAAAUUUUUUUUAUAUGAAAGACAGUUGCGCAUAUGUGUGUAUGUGAUUUAUACAUAUAAUACACUUUUAUUAAAAUAAGUUACAUUAUGUUUUAUAUGUAAUAUGUCAAUUGAAUAUAUGAAUGAAUGAAUGUAUAAUAUAAAAAUAGUAAUUAAGAAUAAUAUAAUAAAGAAAAUAAACUUUAAGUUAUAUGAAACAAAUUUA